AUGGCAUCCGCAGCUCUAUCGUCCCAAAUACAAGUCUUGGACGAGAAACUUCAAUCUCCCAAGGAUAUCGUUCAAUACAAGGAAGCAAAACUGAAAUCUGGAGAAGGAUUUCCAUCUCAAUUGGCCGAAAUUCUACAAACUGCCAUUUCCCAGUGGCUGGCCAUCAUAAUAAUAACUCCCAAACACGAUGACAAUAAUGGUGUGCCACUGGAACAAGCUCCCGAAACAAAAGCUUUAUUUCAAACAAUGAAUUUCUACAAGAGAUUGGUGGAAGCAGAUCCAUCGCUAGAAGAAGAAGCAAGUCGAGAAGGCUCACAUCGGAGCCUGUCGAAAAUUAUCAACUUGGAUUCAUCAUCAUCGUCGUCAUUAUCAGAUCAAGACAAUGAUGUAAUAUUGGAUUUGCAAGAUGUGGCAUGUGAAAUAGCAGCUCUUUCCAAGUCGUUUCCAGUCCGAGCAGCGCCGUUUACAUUGGAAGAACUCAAGGAUCGAUUGCCACUGUCGUUUCAAAUAGAACCAGCAGAGUCCUCGUCUGCAUCAUCAUCGGAAUCCACUGAAAAACGUGAAAAAGUCAAACAGAGAAUGGUGCAAGAGGGGUUUAGGAUAUUAAUCAAUCAAGUGAAAACACGACAAAGUGCACAAAAAGAUGUGGGAUUUGUCAUGUGGCCAUCGGCAGUGGCACUCUCGAGGUGGCUCGUGUCCUAUCCAGAAGAGGUGCGGAACAAGGCGGUCCUCGAAUUGGGGGCAGGAUGUGGACUGACAGGAUUGGUGGCGGCGCAACUAGUUUCGGAAGGAUUUGUGACCUUGACGGACUUUAACCAUGUGGUCGUUCAGAAUGCCCAACAAAAUAUUGCUUUGAAUGGAUUGUCGGAGGUGGCGAAAAGUGAGACUUUGGACUUUUAUCAACAAGACGACACGAGUCGAGAAGGUUGGGUGGACCCCAAAGGAGUCCUUCAUGAACAAGUAGAUUUGAUUCUGGCAGCAGAUGUCAUUUGCCAAAAAGAAGAUGCUUUUGCUGCGGCGCGAUCCAUAUUAUGUUCUUUAAAGGUGGGAGGAAAAGCGAUAGUCGUGAGUGCCGAUUCGGAGCAUCGGUUUGGAGUGGAAUGCUUUCAACAAGCUUGUGAAGAACUUGGACUACUGGUGACAACGAGGGAUGUAAGAAAGAUGUGCGAUGGAAAGCUUUUAUCAAUAGAUAUGGACAAGACUACGGGGUAUGUCAGUGGGAUGAAACUAACUAUGUAUACGGUCCAAAAGGGUACCAGUAAUAGGUAG